CAAGAGGUGCCGCUUUGCGGUCACGCGACUGUCGGCACCACAUAUGCCUUAUACGCCGAGCAGACGACCGCCGGUCGUAUCAAACAAUUCAAUUUCACAACAAAGUCGGGCAGAAAACUGACCGCUAAUUCGGGCAGAAAACUGACCGCUAAUGUAAGCGACGAUAGUUUGGUCACACUUUCGAUGCCAUCCAUACUCUCAACACGAGUCCAUUUGAACGAUCGCUGGACUCAAACGCUAAUCAAAACUUUGGGCAAAGAUGUCGACGAAAGCCUUGUCGACGAAGUCUGCAAAUCAUCAGACUUUGCGAUAAUUGUGUUCAAAGAUUCGGCGAACAAUCGUUUACUGGAAUUAAAGCCAGAUUUCGAUGCCAUGAAUAGCCUGGAGAGGAAUGGCAUCAAAAACGGUAUAGUAGUCACGCAGAGAGCCGACUACCGGAGCACUGGUUUUCACUUUUAUUCGCGUGUAUUCUUGCCGUGGGUUGGACUGAAUGAAGACCUGGUGUGCGGACACGCGCACACUCAGCUCACACCCUAUUGGGCCCAACGACUGGCCAUCACUGGGCAAACAUUGGUAGGCAAACAAUGUUCCCGACGGCCAGGUAUUGUCCGGUGCCGUAUAAAUGGAGAUUCUGUCGAUAUAAGCGGCAAUGCAGUGAUUGUACUGAAGGGCACUUUAAUCUUAUAG